ACCCUCCUCCCCAGCUCCUCCACCCAGAACACGGCGUCCCUCAAGUCAGCUCUCUCCCAGGUGAAGUGGGGAGCUCUCUGGAGGAAACCCACCACCACCUUGUUCAUACCAGCAGGCACACAGUCCUCAGUCACUGACGCGUACCGAGUGGACUGGAGAUGAAAGAGAAGGAGAGAGGGAUCAAACAUAAUCUGCAAAGGUCUGGAAAGCCACCAGAGAGUGCUGAGUGACCAGCCAGCAGGGGUGACCUAGUAACAGAUGAAACACUGGUACCAGACCACGCAACACCGUAGCC